UUAUAGUAAUCCAGUCUCUUUGCCAUUGGCAUCAGUGUGGUCCACUGUCCCGACACAAAGGACGAUGGAGCUGAGUGUGCGGCACGUUCUGCUGGCUGUUCUGCUGGUGUCUGAAGGUCUGAUACAAGUUCGCUCACAGGAGGAGCAAGAAGUAACUGAGGCAUGGGAAGGGAAAGCCUGCAAGUGUGACUGUGAUGGGGAAUCGCCCACUGAUUUCACGAGCAUCAACUCAUAUGGCUCCAGCUCUAAAGGCGCCAGCUCCAAAGGCACCCGUGAAUGUAUGCCAGAAUGUCCCUACCAUAAGGCUAUGGGGUUUGAAUCAGGUUUAGUGGCGGCAGAGCAGAUAAGCUGUCCCAAUGAGGACGAGUACACUGGAUGGUUCUCCUCCUGGACUGCCGGGAAGGCUAGACUUAACAGCCAAGGGUUUGGGUGUGCAUGGCUAUCCAAGGUCCAGGACGCCAGCCAGUGGCUGCAGAUUGACUUGAAGGGGGAGAAAGUGGUGUCUGGCAUCUUGUCUCAAGGACGUUGUGAUGCUGACGAGUGGAUCACCAAAUACAGUGUUCAGUACCGCACCAAUGACAGCCUCAACUGGGUCUAUUACAAAGACGCGACUGGUAACAAUAGGGUGUUCUAUGGGAACUCUGACCGUUCGUCGACGGUGCAGAACCUUCUGCGCCCUCCCAUCGUGGCCCGCUACAUCCGCCUGCUGCCACUGGGCUGGCACACACGCAUCGCCGUGCGCAUGGAGCUCCUGAUGUGCAUGAGCAAGUGCACUUGAUCCCCCCCCAACCAGCCCUCACACACCCCUCCUGUCUCCUCUCCCUCACACACCAGAUUUGAUGGAGAUGGUAUUUAAUGCCCUCAAACAAGCCCCCACCCUCUCCUUUUCCUGACAUGCCUAAAUAACCCCUCCAAUGCUCGCUAACGCAGCAUUUUAUAUCUUGAUAAAUAUACACCUUUUAUAUGUCCUUAAUAAUCGCAAAAUGUUCACAACCUGAAGUGUGCUAUGUGGAAAGAGGGAGAGCUUUGGAAGCAUCUACUGUGCAUACAACAGCGAAGACAUUUUGCUAUAUAUUCUCUAUGACCCUUCAGCCAGGGGUGGAGACAGUAUGGGCAGCAGGGGCCACUGAGAGCCUGGGAAGCAGAAGGGGUCCAACACAGCCAUAGAGGAAAGAGACAGGAUGGCUUUUGUCUGCUAAUACUUGGAUGUUGUGUACUGUACUGUUUGUGAAUUCUGCUGUGGUUUGUGACUGUGAUGUAGAGUGCACUAUUGUGUUUUACCAUGCAGUGGGGAGGGGAAUCCCUUUUCUUUUUAUUGUUUUGUAAAUGAUAUCUAGAAGUGCACUGUUGGACUGUGUAUGAUGAUGUUCACCUAAGAAAACCGAAACCUUAAAUAAAGGAGAACUCUUGUACUGUGAA